CGCCGAAAACUUGAGCCGCUUCUGCCCGCGCGGGUCGCUUCUUUUCUUUUUUUAUCGCCAAGAUAAAGACUUUGUGACAGGCCGACAAAAAGCGAACUUUCCGCCACGAGAUCUUGCGGUGCCUUUCCAAGCAGCCAAUAGAGAGCGAGGACUGGCGUCACGUGACUCCCAGCCCGGCGAAAGUGACGCGGGACAGCAAGGAAGGCCGCGAUCGGCGGUCCUGGACGACUGAAUGUAUUAUUUUCAAAAGUUCUGCGAACCUUUGCGCUGUCGCUGUGCGUGCUUUUUUUUUUUUUUUAGCAUAUUUUGCAAAUAUGAUCAGGUGUCCUUUUUUUUUUUUUUUUUGCCACUGAUAGAAUGUCAAUCCUAUUUGUAAUCUGAUGAAAAUUAAGUGUCAAAAUGACUUUUUUUUUUUCAUUCUACCUUCGAAUUUGUAUUCCUUGAACAGGUUUUUGCAUUUUAAAAACCACUUUGUGUCUCCAUUUUUGUUGUUGUUGGGACUAAUACGUAAUGUAAUGUAUAUUGUAUAUUUUUAUGUUGACGUUGCUCCUGCACACUAAGCCUAUUUUUGCUACAUUUGUUUAUCUAGCCGACUAUAAAAUGUUGUGUACUUUUUUUCAAAUGUGGAAAAAAAGUCAUUUUUUUAAGUCUCAGCAUAAAACGAAUUUGCCUGCGCACGGCCAGCAGGUGGCAGCCUCGUGCGCAACCAAUCACCAAGAAAUCAAGCAUUGCGCCAAGCAACGGCCGAAGCGUUGCGAUGCCUCGUGAACUUCACCUUCAUCACUACUUGACGCCAUCAUCCAAAGUUAACCAACAACAUUACACAAGAGGCCAUUUUGGGCCGGCUCCGUCCACUCCACGCGUGGAGUGGACGGAGCCGAGCCCCUGUUUCAUCUCCCAGUGUUAAAAAAAAAAUGUAUUGAGUACGGGAAAGGGGAGGGAUCAGAUAGGAAGUGACAUCUCUGUUCUUUGUAGAUGAUGUGGUUGGUUACCCUACCCUUGGGUCAAACUCUUCAAAACUUGAUUUCAUUUUGACUACCACAGCGACGCAGAUGACGGCCGUUCAAUCGCGGUAUCGAGCCGCUGUCUAAAUCGGAUCAGUAACCGGACGAGCCCAAAUUUUCUUCAACCGAGUCGCAACAAAACCGAGACAAUUGUUUUUGGCAAUAAAGAAAAGGGAAUUGCUGUUCGUAAACACCUGGACUCUCUCUCUAUCUCUCAAGUCCGAAACUUGGGUGUUCUGAUUGAUUCCGACCUGACUUUCCAUAAUCAUAUCAAAUCUUGUAUGUGUCAAGCAGACCAGGAAAAGCUCAUCUGUGCUUUUAUCACAAGGAGACUUGACCACUGUAACGGACCGGACUCCCCCAAAACGAGGAUUAAGCGGCUGCAGCUCGCGUUGUGACCAAAACAACUUCCGGUCAGCUUUAGAAUAGAUUUUAAAAGUUCUGCGACUGGUCUAUAAAUCACUCAAUGAUUUGGGUCCUGAAUACAUGAAAGAAAUGCUCACGGAAUACAAACCCAGUGGAGCUCUGAGAUGGACUGACCCGGCCGGGUCAAAUAGUGGCGCGCAGAGUCCAAAGCAAACAUGGCGCUGCACACAAAUGGAAGAAGUUGCCAAAACAGAGCCGUGAUCUUCUUCGGGACUCUUUCGGCCGGGAUGAGAAAAUGAGCACCUCCAAAUCUCGACCGGAACGCUCCAACAGUUCCGGCGACGAAUGAAAUGAAUUCCGGAAGGACCUCGUCGUUCGAGUGGGAGCUCAGUCUGAGCGUUCGUUUUGUUGUUGUCAUGAGCCCUGCACCGUGCGCAACUUUGCACCGCCCCUUUCCAUCGUACAAUCUUUGGCCGCGUCUCCCUUUUUUUUUUUUUUUUUGGACUGCGUGGGAGUUUCGUCGUCGUCCUUGAUCGUCCUCGCACCUCCGCGCACGCGACAUAUAAAAAGAAAGCGCUCGGACCCCCCCACGAGGCUUCAAACCAGGAUGCCCGCGCUCAAGCGUCUGCUGUCGGCCAAGAACGAGCUCAUCCUCUUCGCGGCUCCUCUCCUUCUGCUGCCUCUGCCGCUCGUCAUCGGCACGUCGGAAGCGGAAUGCGCCUAUGUGAUCGUCCUCAUGGCGGCGUACUGGUGCACCGAGGUCCUCCCGCUGGCGGUGACGGCCUUGCUGCCCGCGCUCCUCUUCCCGCUCUUCGGUGUCAUGGAGUCCCAGAACGUGUGCAUGCAGUACCUGAAGGACACCAACCUGUUGUUUGUGGGCGGUCUGAUGGUCGCCGUGGCAGUGGAGCACUGGAACCUGCACAAGCGCAUCGCCCUCAGGGUUCUGCUGUUCGUCGGAGUCCGUCCGGCGCCGCUGAUGCUGGGCUUCAUGGGCGUGACGGCCUUCCUGUCCAUGUGGAUCAGCAACACGGCCACCACCGCCAUGAUGGUGCCCAUCGUCCAAGCCUUGCUGGAGGAGCUCAACAACAGCGAGGCGCCGACGGCCGUCAUCUCCGGCUCGGAGGAGGUCCGGACCUCGGACGCGGACGCCAAGCGGGAGAAGCAGGCGGAGGCCGCAGGAACCGUGGUGGUGACUUUCCUGGACGCCUCCGUUGAGGCGACCCGACAGAAGGAGGCGGCGGAGAGACGGAAAAUGUGCAAAGGGAUGACCCUGUGCGUCUGCUACGCCGCCAGUAUCGGCGGCACCGCCACGCUGACGGGGACCGGUCCCAACUUGGUGCUCAACGGACAAAUGAGGCAACUCUUCCCCCAAAACGGCGACGUGAUCAACUUCGCCUCCUGGUUCGCCUUCGCCUUCCCCAACAUGAUCCUCACGCUGCUGCUGGCGUGGCUGUGGCUGCUCUUCGUCUUCGUGGGAUUGAACUUCAAGAAGACGUGGGGCUGCGGGGCCGAAAAGUCCGACGAGGAGGCGGCCGCCUACGAAGUGAUCCGAGCGCAGCAUCGGCGACUCGGGCCCAUGUCCUUUGGCGAGCUCAGCGUCCUGGGUCUCUUCAUUUUGCUGGUGGUCCUGUGGUUCUCCAGGGAUCCCGGCUUUGUGCGUGGCUGGGCUACGCAGAUCUUCAACUCCAAAGCAGAGUACGUGACGGACGCCACCGUGGCCGUCUUCGUCGCCGUCCUCCUCUUUGUGCUGCCGUCCAAGCCGCCGCGUUUCUGCCCGUGGAGGACGCGAAGUUUUGACGCAGCGUCCCGUGAGACGUCCGGGUCGGCUCCGCGUCUGCUCACCUGGAAGGUGGCCCAGAAGAAGAUGCCGUGGGGAAUCGUGCUGCUCCUCGGAGGAGGUUUUGCUCUGGCCAAAGGGAGCGAGGUUUCCGGACUUUCCAGGUGGAUGGGCGAUCAAAUGAGCCCCCUGCAGAGCGUCCCCCCCUGGGCCAUCGCGGUCAUCUUGUGCCUCCUCAUCGCGACGUUCACCGAGUGCACCAGCAACGUGGCCACAGCGACGCUUUUCCUGCCCGUCUUGGCGUCGAUGUCGCAGUCCAUCCGGAUCAACCCGCUGUACGUGAUGGUGCCUUGCACUCUGAGCGCCUCCUUCGCCUUCAUGCUGCCUGUGGCGACGCCGCCCAACGCCAUCGUCUUCUCCUACGGGUACCUGAGGGUUUCCGACAUGGCCAGGACCGGAAUCGUAAUGAACGUCAUCGGCAUUCUGUGCAUCACGCUGGCCAUCAACACCUGGGGCCGGGCCAUGUUUCACCUGGACUCCUUUCCCGCUUGGGCCAACGUUACCGGACCCUGACGUGACGUCCCCCCCCCCCCCCGACCACCCUGGUCUGCCGCCCUCUGGUCAGGUGCUGAGCCGCGACGUGGUCCGACCUGGUCUGCUGCUGCCGCUGCUCCUGAGGCGCGCUUCUUCCAACGGGUUCAUUUUCCAGUCCACAUUUUUUUUUGUCUCGUGGAUGACCAAUCGUAAGAAGGGGAAAAACAAACAAAAGAAAAGAAAAGAAGGUAAAAAAAUGUACAAACGUGUCUGUGACACUUCACCGGUCAUUAAAACGCUGACAAGGUUUUUUGUUUUGGUUUUUUUUUUUU